AGUGUUGUCUUUACCAUACGUUGUCUUAAAAAUGUUGGAUUUUAAACCUUUAUACUAAACAUUCUCUCGCGAAAAAAGGCCGCAAGCUGAAAUCUGUGGCGAAGUGAUAUUUUUAUAUCUUACGAAAAUAUAUUAAUCGCAUUGCUUGCCGUCAAGUCAUAAUGAUCCUGUCUUCUGUAUUCAUUAUUUUCCUCAACGGCUUCGUAAUGUUAACACUUGCCGAACCACCUUCUUCUGAUAAUGGACAACAAUGGUUAACUGCGCAGUGCGGCGAAGUACCCGUAGUGAUUAAUUUAUCGGAACAUAAGUCACAGGAAAGCUCGUUAAACAAUUUCAAAGCCAACAAUAAUGUAAGCAAUGCAAGCUCAACAAAUGACAAAACAAACAUAUCUGGAAUUGAAGUCCCUGAAAUAAUUUUCAGUGAUUUACCACAAUAUAAAAAAGUAUUGGAGUUGUUGCUACAAGAUAUUCAAAGAGGUAAUCAUUUAUUGCUAGUCGCGAACCGUGGCAUUGAAAAUAAAAUAAUCGCAGACAGACUGUUACAACAUUUGAAUCGCCCUACGGAAUAUAUACAACUGGACCGUGACACAACGAUACAGUCUUUGACAGAACAGCCAACUGACAAAAAUGGAACUGUCAUUAACGAAGAUUUGCCACUACUCAAAGCAGUAAAGUACGGUUAUGUGUUAGUUGUAAAUGAAGUGGACAAAGCGCCUACAACAGUGACUAGCAGCUUAAAUAUUUUAAUGGAAAAUGGAAAGAUGAUUCUCAAUGAUGGUAGAAGGAUGAUUCCCAAGGAUAUUUUAAGCAGUUCUGAAGGCGAAUCAGCUGGGUUUAUUCCCGUGCACGAAGAUUUUAGAAUGAUAGUUAUGGCUGGUCAAACCGGAUUUCCGUUCUUGGAGAAAGACUCUACACUUUUAGAUGUCCAAGGAAGAGAUGUGCACCGUGGCAGUGCACUGCCCACGCCAAAAAAUCGUUUACGGCGCCGCCGAUUUGUUGCUUCAUCAAGAAAUGGUGAAAUAGGUGUCACCGUCAAAGCAGUUGGUUCUAGCCCAAAGGUCACCACUGUAGUGAUGGGUAGCCAAGGCACGGGUCCACAUACUGCUACAGCUGUGGCUUCAGGUACAGCAGUCGCCACGGCAACAGCAAUAACUUAUGGUAGGGGAAGCUCGACAGCUACGGCUACUGCUUCGGGCUCAUCGAGAGCCACCGCCACAGCACACUCAUACGACGCAGGAGUCGCUACCGCCACAGUAACCACUUCUGACUCAUCAGUUGGUGAUGCCACAGCAGACGCAUACAACACAGGAGGCGCCACUGCCACAUUAACCUGUACUGGAUCAUCAAAUGCCGGCGCCUUAGCACGUGCACAAGACUCAGGAGUUGCCACCGCUACAGCAACCACUUCUGCCACGGCAUCUCUUAAUGUCCGGGCGAUCGCCAGUGGCAAUGAAGUUGUCACCGACACAAAAACCAGGCCCUAAACUUAAAUUUAUAUGUACAUGAAGAAAUAUGAAUUUUAAAAUGUAUUUUUUAUUGUAUGCCAAUUUUAUUGAAUGUCAUAUUUUUUAACUGUAUUAUAGGCAUUACCGGUUUAAAACAGUGAUGAUUAUGGAGAAUUUGUGUUAGACGUACAUUUAAUCCAUUUAUCCCCAAACAUUUCUGGGUAGGAUAAAAUCUCUUAGCAAAGAAAAUAUUAGUCAUUUUCAUAUGAUGCUGAAAAAAAAUUGUCCCUAAAAUAAUUUUUUGUCAUAUUUUAUGAAAUAGGACUGCAGCAGACUCUCUAUAUUUAAAAGUCAUAAAUAAGUAAUUUAACAUUUUACAAUUUCUAUGUAAAUCUUAAAUCUGUCUGCAUAGCGUGUGGAUUUACAAAAAAAAAAUAUCUUUAUUCUUUUAAUUUAAAUUUAAUGAUCUAGAGCAUUUUUGUGUUUUUUUUUUAUUUCUCAUGACAUAUUUUAUGGCAUGUUUUUAGAUAUAUUUAACAGAAAAAACAAUUAUUUUGCUGGAGCAUUACAAAAUAAAAAUAAUUUUAACAAACAUACUAAAUUUACCCACAAAAUACAUAUUUGAUAACAUUCUUAAUAAAACAAUUAGGUAUAGUAAAAACUCUGAAUUCGACUACGGGCAUUAUACUUGACUGUAAACUAGAAUGUCUUUUUAUUGUGAAAAAAAUUAAUUCAUCGUCCUACUAUAUUAUACUACUUCACCUACUAUCCCACGGGAUAAUAUGUAGUAAUGCAUCUUCUUACACCACUCCUACACGGUCACAAAAGAUUCCAGUGCAAAAUAGCAGAAUAAAGAUGCUAUGUUUUCUCAUAAGUUACGAAGCAUCUGUAUUUUAAUUCUUACAACUUAGCAUGUUUUUUAUCCAUACUAAUAAACUUUCAUUUCUAGGCGUGCGCUAAUUAAUCUUAAAUAGAUAGAAGUAGGUAGAACUAUAAAAACUGUACUAACGGAUUUGACAUCUUAGCAAUAUUUAAAAAAAAGUCCGUGGUACACUACUUAUAUGUGUAUUAUCUAUAAUAAUAUAUUAGUCACAAAAAUUACUUUGUUUAAAAACACAAUAAAAAUCUUGCGAGUAAUUUGAACGCACUUUAUGAUUCUAUGAUGUAACUUCUCAUUAAAUGUAUCUGUAUCAUUUAAAUUGAAUUUUUCGUUUCAGAAACGUUAUAGGUAAAGCUGUGCAAGAAUUUCAUGGCAAUUCGUGUUUACACAAAUAGUACAUAGAUGGCAUUGUGUACAUUUUAAAUCGUGAAUAACAGUUUAUUAAUGUGAAUGGUUAUUAUUAUUUUAUUAAUAAAUUGUUAAAAGUUUAGAUAAAAUUCUUCAAAAAAUAAAAUUUCCAAAUUAAAGAUUUAAUCUUGACGUGUACUACGUUAACUAUAAUAAAUAGAACACAAUUUGAAAAUGUUAAAAUGUUUACAUGAAAAUAAAAGUCAUGCUCCGAUUUAAAGGUAACCAACAGAUCAGAUGUGAUGCUUUUUAUUAAACAAUAUGUAAAUUUUUACGUUGUGGACAGAAGAAAUAUUUUUUUCAAGGGAUCUGAAAUACGAUGACAGAAAAGUUUCUUCAUAAGGUUGAUGUUGAGCUUUCCGAAGCUCGAAGUUCAAGCAUUCGAAUCGAAAACUAAAGCAGAAUUAAAUGGAACUAAUUUUUAC